CGGGUGGGGAGAAGUUUGCGGAGCGGUGGCACCGACAUCCCCUGGCUGCGCUGAGUCAGUGCAGGGAGGACGGACAGACGGACACACCGGGGCUGCAGCCACCCAGGGACACCUGUGGGGCGAGCAGCGGCUGCGGAGCAUCCCGUCCCCUCUGUGCCAGCCAUGUCCCUGGUGGUGAAGGAGAAGAACCACGUCCGGCUGGUUUUCCUGGGAGCCGCCGGCGUGGGCAAGACGUCGCUCAUCCGCCGCUUCCUGAUGGACACCUUCGAGCCCAAGCACCGGCGCACGGUGGAGGAGCUGCACAGCAAGGAGUACGAGGUGUGCGGGGCCACGGUCAAGGUGGAGAUCCUGGACACCAGCGGCAGCUACUCCUUCCCGGCCAUGAGGAAGCUCUCGAUCCAGAACAGCGACGCCUUCGCCCUGGUCUACGCCGUGGAUGACGCCGAGUCCUUCGAGAGCGUCAAGAGCCUGCGGGAGGAGAUCCUGGAGGUGAAGGAGGACAAGUUCCCUCCCAUCGUGGUGGUCGGCAACAAGGCGGAGAGCGGCGGCGAGCGGCAGGUGCCGGUGGAGGACGCGCUGUCGCUGGUGGAGCUGGACUGGAACAGCCGCUUCGUGGAGACGUCGGCCAAGGACAACGAGAACGUCCUGGAGGUGUUCAGGGAGCUGCUGCAGCAGGCGAACCUGCCCGGCAGGCUCAGCCCAGCGCUCUGCAAGAGGAGGGAGACGCUGCCCAAGGAGCAGGCGCUCAGGCCGCCCAUGAACAAGACCAACAGCUGCUCCGUGUGCUGAGCCGGCCGCCCGCGGCGCGAGGGAAGGCGCCGGCACCGGCUGGAAACUCAGGUGGGCUGGGUGGGGAGAGGCGCUGCCGCGGCCAAAACUUCCCCUGCUGCCUCCCACCCCUUCCCUCCUCUUCCCCAGCCAGCCCACAGGAGCAGAGAGGGUUGGAGGUGACAAGAAGACGGGAGCUGGAAGGGAUGCUGGUUGCUGGAUGGGUGUGGGGAGUUCCCAAAAAAGCAGGAGGCUCACCUGAGGAGCAGCCAGGGCUGGGGGGACAACCGCCAGGGCUCUGGCAGAUGUGGGCACCUGCAGCUGCAUCAGCCCUGCCAGUGCCGCUGUCCCAGGGCGCUCAGGUCCGGUGUCACCUCGUCCCAAGCACCCACAACCUCCUGGCGUGGCUCUGGCACCCGCUGCACGUCCACUGUCCCAGCAGUCCUGAGUCUGUACCUGGUGUAGAGCAUGUGAUAGGGUGGUCUG